AUGCAGCUAACACGCAUAUUAUCUAUCGUAUUCUUUCUUGGUCUUUUUUUAACUAUUGUUCUAUCGGAUUCAACACAAUUGGACAUAAAUAAUGAUGAUCAAGCUUUAAAUUAUGACAAUCAUAUUAUAUCGCAAAGAAGUAUAUUUGGUCAUAAACAUCGUCAUCAUGAUGGACAACCACGACGAUGUGUUCGCUGUAAAUUUAGUCUUAUUCGUUGUUGUUCACCAAAUAUUUGUGUUAAAAAACAUUUUCGAGCAGAUAAAUGUCUUCGUGUAAAAACUUAA